AUGUUUGGUUGUAUUGUUGCAGGAAGACUGAUACAAACCAAUCUUCAACAAGUUGACGUCAAUAAGUUUGUAUUUGAAUUAACGGAUGCAGCAACAAUUAAUCAUAUAGUCGUGUUUCUGCUUGGGACCAUUUCAUUCGAACCAGGUUAUGCUGCUACAGUACAUUUCUUAUGGCCAGGACCAAGCCCAGGUGGGGAAGGUACCUGGAAGCUUUUAGGGAUGCUCUCUAAUGAGAAACCUAGCGCAAUAUUUCGUCUUCGAGGAACCAUAAUACCGGUCAGCGGCUCUUCAUCGACAAAAUUUUUAACUGGUAACACUUCAAUGGAAACAAAUGACAUGAGUGACACCACACAACCAGCACCUCAAGUCACAGCCACACUCGGCAUUUCUAUUGAAGCAAUAGCUUUAGUGGAAUCGCAGAUGGCUAAUCUUCCGACGACAAAUUCAGUGUUGACUCCAGAUAACCUUAGCCAAGUGGCUACUAAUAUGCUAAGAAAUCUGUAUAAUUAUGUUACUUCAUUUGCAACAUCAUCUUCUCCUCUGGGCAUGCAAAUUAUCGGUCAAAAUAUCGAUAUGUAUCAAUCUUAUAUUCCUCUUAAAGCAUUUCAGGAUUGGUAUGAUGGAUUUAUGAGAAAAGUCAAAAUUGAUCCCGGAAUGGUAUUAAAAGGUGAUGAAAAUGGAGCAACUUAA